AUGAUGAACUCUACAAAGUAUUCAUAUUUUAUACUGUCAUCCUACUUUGAUGUUGGGCUCUUUAAAUACUUGUGUUUCAUGAUUAUCAUGUGUUUUUAUGUUGUAAUUCUUUGCACCAAUGUGUUGCUCAUUGUGGUGAUCUGUAUGAACAGAAGCUUACAUGAACCUAUGUACCUUUUUCUCUGCAGCCUGUUUGUAAAUGAACUGUUUGGUAGUUCAGGGUUGUUUCCAUUCCUUCUGGUUCAGAUCCUCUCUGACAUUCACACUGUUUCUGCUCCACUUUGUUUCCUGCAGAUUUUCUGUGUGUACUGUUAUGGCAGUAUAGAAUUUACUAACUUAGCCGUGAUGUCUUAUGACCGAUACCUUGCCAUCUGUUAUCCUCUACAAUAUAACACUCGUAUGACCUUUAACAAGGUGGCCAUGCUCAUUGGUGUAACGUGGAUAUUCCCAGUUCUUGCUAUUCUUGUCUUGAUCUCGUUGAGUGCACGUUUACAGCUGUGUGGGAACGUCAUCGACAGAGUUUACUGUGGAAACUACUCCAUUGUGAAACUGGCCUGUUCUGACACCAGAGUGAACAACAUCUAUGGACUCCUUUACACAGUCAUCUCAAUCAUCGUUCCUCUUGUUCUAAUCUUUUUCUCGUACAUGAAGAUCCUGAGAGUUUGUUUCUCUGGUUCUAAACAGACCCGACAGAAAGCGGUCAGUACCUGCACACCUCACCUCGCCUCCCUGCUCAACUUCUCCUUUGCUAGUUGUUUUCAAAUAUUACAGAGCAGAUUUAAUAUGAGCAAUGUCCCCAAUAUGUUGGGCAUUUUUUUAUCCUUGUACUUUCUGACAUGCCAGCCUCUCUUCACCCCGGUACUAUACGGGCUGAAUAUUUCCAAAAUACGCAUCAUAUGUAAACGUAUAUUGUGUGGGAAAAUGUAA